AUGAGUUGCAGCAGUAAGAGCUUUAGUGGAAGAUCAAUGAAACGAACGUUCAUGAUACAUGUGCAACUUUCUCGGCUUAAUGCGCUUUCAUUCAUAGAGGAUUCGAAUCAUGGUAGAUGUUAUUACGAUCGUAAUUUACGCGAUUGUGCUGCCUAUUUGCGGAAGGCGUGGAUCUGCUUCCAGUGUGGUAAGCGUUACCUGUGGCGCGGCUCCCUAAAGAAUCAUAUACGGGUGGAAUGCGGCAAAGAGCCGGCCUUCAAGUGUCCCGUCUGCGGCAGGAAGUUCAAGCACAAGCAUCGCUGGCAGUCGCACGCGAAGUGCAUGCAUAUCCCGAAACUGAUCGUGAAGAAUAUAGAGAAGCUGAAGUACGCAAAGAAGCCAGUGAUUUACAAGUGCACGAGAUGCACCAGGAGUUAUCAAUUGGAAACGUCCUUGCGAAGACAUCAGAGAUUGGAGUGCGGCGUCGAGCCCAAGCACGAAUGCCUGCUAUGUGGCAAGAAAUUCACGUAUAAAUUCAUGCUAACUCAUCAUAUAGGCUCCUGUCUACUGGCGCAGAUGCUGAUGUCGCAAGACGACAGCGAGUGGAGUCAACGCGCGAGCGGCGCGAGCGGAUCGCCGUACAAGAUGUCGAGGGGCAUCCGAAAGAAGAGCACGGGCGACGCCAAGUACGAGUGCAACAGGUGCGGGAAAACGUACAAGGCCACGACGUCCUUGAGCCGACACAAGCGACUUGAGUGCGGCGUCGUGCCUUGCGAGAUUCCAAAAGCCGAAUCGGAAUUGCUGAAAAUGAUAAAGAGAAUAGACGGUGUCCUGAUGAACGAGUAUAACGAAAUUAACGCUAGCCAUCUAAAUCCCUCCGUCUCUGUAUCCCGAAAUUUCAUAAAUCCUGUCCAAGUGGUGCGGCCGCAAUACAUGUGCGGCGAGUGCGGCAAAGGAUAUACAUGGAUGGACAACCUACGCCGGCAUCAAAGACUGGAGUGCGAUAGCGGCGAUGAACUGUCCAAUUGGUUACUUGAACCGUUCGUAAAGCAGGAGUUCGAUGAGGGCUGCUUCGAAUUCGUGGCUACCGAUUACAGCCAACUAUCUCCGGAGUAUUUGGAACGUAGGAAAAAGCAGAUGAAGGUUGCCACGCUCGUCUGCCAGGAAUGCGGAAAAAAAUUCUCGAGGAUCGACAGUCUCAAACGACACGAAAAGCUGUAUUAUGAGAACGGGCAGUGCACGGUGGAAAAGAGCAACGACGAAGAGCCGGAGGUCUGCGAGGUGCCCUUUCACGGUCAGCUUAACUACCUGCUCUGCGACUCGCCGAUCCUGAACAGCGUGGAGGCAAACGUGGUCCAGAAAAAUUCAAAGUCCUGCCAGCAAUUUCGUUGCGACGGAUGCGGCAGAGCGUACACGAGAGUCGACAGCCUGAAACGUCAUCAGCAGAAGUGCGACGAGUUUCUGGCGUCGUUCCAGGAUCGGCAGGAGACGCUAGAGAGGCUUCAGCAGCAGGAAUACUACUGCAAUCAGUGCGGCAAAUCGUACAGAAGGCUAGACACUUUGCGCCGGCAUCAGCGACAAGUGUGCGGAGUGGAUCAACUGGAGGAGUACGACGCCCUGUGGAUGCUGGAGCGCAAGGCACGCAGCAUCGGCCAGGAGAGCCAGGAGCCCCUUCCGUUCCCGAGCAAGUCGUACUCGUCGUCGAAGGUGCAGGACGCGUUAGGGGCCGGCAGCGAUUACGCGGUCGUUCGGGUGUACAGCUCGGGGAGCUACGCGCCGAAUAUGAUACAGACCCACUACGUUUGCACCGAUUGCGGCAAGAGAUACAAAUGGCUCGACAGCCUCAAGAGGCACCAGAGGGUGGACUGCGGCAACAAGGAGAAAAAGUUCUCCUGUCACGCGUGCGACCGAAAGUUCAAGUAUCGAUACGAAUUACGGAAUCACAUCACCGCGCAUCACGGCGGGUGA